AUGUCACAGGAGAAGAACUGGACAGCCAUCACAGAGUUUUUUCUUGAGGGCUUCCCUACGCUGCACCCAGACUAUAAUGGCUUGAUUGCAUUCAUAUUUUGUGUAGUGUAUGUCAUCACUGUUGUGGGAAAUACCAUCUUAAUUGUGACUUAUGUGCACGAGCCCAAACUGCAUAAAUCUAUGUACAUCAUCAUGUUGAGUUUGGCUGUAUCUGACAUAGGAUUCAGUACUGUCACGCUGCCCAAAGCUAUUGCAAGGUAUUGGUUUAAUGACGUGUCCACUCCCUUCAAUGUGUGCAUGUCACAAAUGUUCCUGGUCCAUUACUUUGGCACAGUGAACUCCUACAUCAUGGGCAUCAUGGCCAUGGAUCGCUACAUAGCCAUCUGUUUUCCCUUCCGGUACCCGGUCGUCAUGAGUUACCGCAUCAUGAGUAACCUCAACGUGGCCGCCUGGGCGGUGGGCUUCAUCACGCCCUUCAUCAUGACCAUCUUGAACACCAGGGUGCCGUACUGCGGCCCGAACCGGAUAACCCAGUGUUACUGCGAUCACAUUAAUGUCAUCACCAAGGCGUGCGGUGACACCGGCACCGCCACGCUGGUGGCUUUCACACAAGCCAUGCUGGUGCUGCUGAUCCCUCUGGGUUUCAUCGUGUACUCCUACGUCCACAUCAUCGUCAGCGUUAUGAGGAUAGCCAGCGCACAGGGCCGAUGGAAAGCCUUUUCCACCUGCAUCACACAGAUUUUAAUCAUCAGCCUGUACUUCCUGCCACGCUGCACUGUGUACGUCUUUGAUUUGACCGGCGUCUACCUGGAUGUAGACAUCCGCAUAACACUGGUGCUCUUCUACAGCCUGUUUCCCCCUCUCGCCAACCCCUUCAUCUAUUGCCUGAGAACGCGAGAGAUUAAGCAGACUCUGGCUCGCUGGUUUAGUGUGAAUAGUCUUAUGAGGAAAUCCACUGUGGUUGCCACCAUGUGA